AUGCCGGCUCCAAGGCUUCAGAGGAGACUGGAUCAAGUGAAAUAUGUCGUGGUGGAGAGGUCCGAGGACGACCAGGCACAAGAGGCGGAAAGUUCGCGCGUGACGGCGACAGCUACACCAACUACCUUCAUCAGCCGUCCGCAGGGUUACGCUCAACCCCAACCCACCGCUCUACGAAUCCGGGAUGACGACGACGACGACGAUAAGAUACCGCCAGUGUUUACCUUUACCGUGAUGGGUGGUGCGCAAUCAACGGGAGGAGCCCUCGCUGCCAACGACCCAACUGCGACAGUGGUGGUUGCAAUCCCGCCGCCUCCCCCACAAGACGGUGCUCAUGGGAAAGACGGCGGCGGAGGGCACAAGGGCGGUAUCUCGCAGACAACCGAGCACCUGCUCAUCGCAGCUGGAUCCAUUGGUGCCACGAUUAUCAUCGUCAUGAUCGUGCUGGCGAUCUACACGAUGCGCAAACGGGGUCUCACGCUCGCUCAAGCCAUCAGACAAGGAAAACAUCAAGUCACCCGUCGCGGCCCACCGCCACCGCCCAAAUUCCGGGGCGAUUGGGAUGCGAAGCAAUCAUUCAGCAACGAAUACGGUGCCCUUCGAAACAACACAGUUACCCCCCCGCAAGCGGCAUUAGCUCGUUCCGGUUCCUUCACAUCCCAGAGGCCUCCCAUGGCUCUUGGUCGUAGUGACAGUGGCCCUAGCAUAACUCCAUCCUCUGCUGUCCUCGGUCAAGACUCACGACGAAGCGUCUCUACCCAUAACACUCGCUCGGUCGGUGACGACGCCUCCACUCUCAUAUACAACGACGUUUCUCAGGAACGUGAAAUGUCUCCUUUACCACCCCCACCAACCUUCAAACAGUUCCUUAACAACAGACCAUCUAUCUCUGGCAAGGCAGGCUUUGGUGGCAUGAUGAGCAGAUUCAGCUGGACAAACUCUAACGCACCACAAACACCCAAAAUCACGACCCAGCAAGAGCCCUACCACGGCGGCCGUGAAAGCUAUAUGACAUCCCGUUCCUCCGUUCCCCGCUUCCGUACCGUCGACUCCUGGGUUAACCAGCAAACAAACCGCAUCGAAGCACAGAAGCUGAAAGAUCAAUUUCGCUUAACCUCCAGCUCUACCGUCUAUUCGCAAGACGACGAAAACGACCACGUCCCCGAAGUUCCCGCUAUGCCGAAGAACGUCGAACGGCUCCGCGAGAGCUCCGCACCAAUGAGUGCUUCCCUGCCUCUCCGCGCACCCGCCACCCCUCCUCUUCCCAUCUCCAAAGGCCUUCCAGGCAAAAACAUUAAGCACGAGCGCCACGAUACCCGCACCACCGUCGACACGGCACCGAUUUUCAAACAGCAUCCCGGCACCGAGGUUCGCUUCAGUACGCGCAGCGCAGUUCCCUCCGAAAUACUCGACCGCGGCCGCCCUAACAACGUCCUGUCGUAA